AUGUAUGUUCCAGCCAGCCAACCGUACGAGUAUCCUUUGCCCCAGCGGAUUCCCGGACCCCGAUUCGUUCCUGAGUCUGGCUCGCCGGAUCUGGCCACCACCACGACGGGUCACUUGGCACCUCCUCGCAGGAAAAGGGCCUCCAAGCCAAAAGGUAGUUCCGGACAGGAUGCUCGACCUGCAAAGUAUGUCCCCGCUUCGCUCGUAUACCUGCUCGGCUCGGUCUCGCUUGACAGACCUGCGCCCAUCCUUAUACGACGAAUCAAGUGUGAUGAGUCCAAGCCCAGCUGUUUACGGUGUACAUCUACCGGUCGAAAAUGUGAUGGGUACGAGUUCCCAAAGAAGACUCAGACAGAGCCGCAGCAGGGCCGGUCCUCCCUCUCGCCACCGACUAAGCGGCCCACUGUUUCAUAUACGGGUCUGAUACUACCUGCUUCUCUUUCCCAACCAUUCGAGGGCACCCUUCAGGAGAAGCGAAUCUUUCAUCGCUUCCAGGUCCGGUCAAUACCAAGCUUCAUCGGAGGCUCCGAAGCCAACUUCUGGACCAAAGUCGUGCUCAAGGCUGGCCAACAAGAACUCGUCGUUCGUAACGCAAUCAUAGCACUCGGCGCUCUGCACGAAGAUUAUCAGAUCCGCAGUGGCAAGUACGACGCUCAGCUCAUCGAGGAUCAAAGCUACCGAGACGUGACCUUACUGUACGGCAAGGCUCUCCGUCAACUGAACCAACGCCUCAACGAGCCCACUAAGGAGAACGCCAAAAUCGCCAUUAUAUGUAGCAUUCUCUUCGCCUGCUACGAAGUUCUCCGCCGCAAUAACAUGGCUGCUGUGGUACACUACCAACAAGGAAUGAGACAACUGAUGAGACAAAUGACCCUUCCACCUGCCGCCUCCCCCACUGACGGCACCCUAACCACCUACCCAAAUCAACAAUCCAGCGUCACCGUCCGCUUCCGGGAGAUACCGGAAGACGAGCUCGACGACAUGAUGCGCGUCUUCGCCCGCUACGACAUCCAGGCCUGCACAUUCAGCAAAGACAUCGCCGAGCCACUCGGCACCGACGCCACCACACCGCGCUCCCUCCCUGCCGACCUCACCAUCUCCCAAGUCCGCACCCACCUCGACAACCUUCUCAUCUGCGUCUACCAGCUCAUCAAAUCCGACCUCCGCAUGUACCGCUACUGGGAUGUCACCGCCGUGCCCACGCAAUGGCAGCACCGCCGCACCGACGCCAUCAAAACCUUCCAAGACUGGCUGACCGCCCUCGAAGGCUUCUUCGCCAAGCCCGACGCCCCGUUGCGCCUCGCGCCCUCCGAGGAGAAAUCCCUGCUCGGUCUCCGCCUGCAGAUCCGCAUCGCCAUCAUCAUGCUACAGAUGAGCAUCGACCACAAGCCCGAAACCAGCUACGACGCCUUCAAGCCCGACUUUGACGACAUGGUCACGCGCGUCGAACGACUCUUCGCCUCCCUCGCCCUCGUGGACGCCAAGCCCCUCGACGUCGAGUCCGUCGACUUCACCAUGGAGCUGGGGCUCAUUCACCCGCUCUUCUUCAUCGCCACCAAGUGCCGCGAUUGGAAUAUCCGACGGCGCGCGGUGGCGCUGCUGCGCAAAGCGGGGAAAGAAGGCGUGUGGGAGGGCCCCAUCAUGGCCGUGCUGGCGCAGAAGGUCAUGAGGCUGGAGGAGCAGGGCAUUGCGAGGGGUACCAUGGUGCCCGAGCGCAACAGGUUUCAUGAUAUCAAGAAGAAUGUGGAUUAUGAUAAUCGGUUGGUGCUGUUUGAGAUGAGUAAGCCGCUUGAUGGGACGUAUGAUAAUUGGCAUUAUCAUAAGGAUCGGGUGGCGUUUUGA